UGGUCUGUCCUACAGGUCGGACACUCUCGGAUCAGAUUUGGUUGUAGCUACCUGGGACCAGACGGGCGCACCUGAAAGUGAAGUGCGCCUUCAUUCGCUCUCAAAAGUCCGCUCGGGUUUCACUUCUCGGUGAGAUAUUAAUGAAAAAUAAGUGAGACAGCGUAGCCUACUUUGGUAGCGGGUAAAUAUUUAACCGCACAACUCAAGCCGCAGUUUACAGAAGAGCUGACAUGAGGAGCUGAGCCAAGCAGUAGCGGAGUACGCAUACAGACCGCCUGUGUCCAGAGACACAAAAACAGGCCAACAGGUGUUUUUUGUAUUUUUGCAUGUCAUUUGACCUGGAUACACUGCUGUAAUCAUGCUCGGAGCGGAGAGCAGGCUGGAAAGCCGGUUAACGAAGCUGGAGAGCCUGAUGAGGAACCCACAGUCGGCACUGAACUUGGAAACCCUACUGGAUUCCAUGAACGCACUGGCUCAUGAUUUGAACUAUCCUGCCCUGCGGAAAAACAAAAACAUAGAGGCCUUUCUGAACCGGUAUGAAAAGGCGGUGAGUCAGCUGCGAGAGCUGCAGGUGAAGCUUGAAGACUUUGAAAAAGUGAAGUUGAUCGGGAGAGGGGCCUAUGGAGAAGUGCAGCUGGUCCGUCACAAGGCCUCUCAGAAGGUUUAUGCCAUGAAGCAGCUCAACAAGUUUGAGAUGAUCAAGCGGUCAGACUCUGCCUUCUUCUGGGAGGAGAGGCACAUUAUGGCGUUUUCCAACAGUCCCUGGGUCGUUCAGCUGUGCUGUGCUUUCCAAGACAACCACCACCUCUACAUGGUAAUGGAGUUCAUGCCUGGAGGCGACCUGGUCACACUCACCAUGAACUAUGACAUACCUGAGAAAUGGGCUCGCUUCUACACAGCUGAAGUAGUGCUGGCGCUGAACGCCAUCCACUCCUUGGGCUUCAUCCAUCGUGACGUUAAACCUGACAACAUGCUGCUGGACCAACACGGACACCUCAAACUGGCAGAUUUCGGCACAUGUAUGAAGAUGGACGCGACAGGGAUGGUGCACUGUGAAACAGCUGUAGGCACACCAGACUACAUCUCCCCGGAGGUGCUCCAGUCUCAGGGUGGUGAUGGUUACUACGGCCGGGAGUGCGACUGGUGGUCUGUAGGAGUCUUUAUCUACGAGUUGCUGGUCGGUGAAACUCCCUUCUAUGCUGAGUCCCUGGUUGGAACUUAUGGGAAGAUCAUGAACCACAAGAACACACUCAUCUUCCCAGAUGAUGUAGAGAUGUCUUCGGAUGCCAAAGACCUCAUCUGUGCCUUUCUUACUGACAGGGAGGUUCGUCUGGGCCGCACUGGAGUGGAUGAGAUCAAAUGCCACCCGUUCUUCAAGAACAACCAGUGGACCUUUGACAACAUCCGAGAGACUGUGGCUCCAGUUGUGCCAGAGCUGAACGGUGACAUAGACACCAGUAACUUUGAUGACAUAGAGGAUGAUAAAAGAGAUGCUGAGACCUUUCCUCCACCCAAAGCCUUUGUGGGCAACCAGCUACCAUUUGUUGGCUUCACUUACUUCAAGGAGGACCAGCUGCUGAACGGAAAUAACAACUGCUCUGUGGAGGAUUCAGAGGACAGUAAGGAAAACUGUGAGGACAAGGAGUAUUGCUCGGACAGUAAUAAAGAGCUGCAGAAAAAGCUUAAUCAGCUGGAGGAGCAGCUCGACCAUGAGAUGCAGGCCAAAGAUGAGCUGGAGCACAAGUGCAAAAAUGCCACCAACCAUUUAGACAAGCUGGUCAAAGAAUUAGACAAGGAGAUGAGUGGCAGGCAGAAAGUCGAGGCCUCGCUAAGGCAGCUGGAGAGAGAGAGAGCUCUGCUGCAGCACCAGAGUGCAGAGAACCUGCGCAAGGUGGAGAUUGAAACUGACAGAAAACGCAGCCUGGAAAACGAAUUGAACAACCUGAGGGACCAGCUAGAGGAUCUUAGGAAGAGGAACCAGAAUUCCCAGAUCUCCAAUGAGAAGAAUAUCCAGCUGCAGAAACAACUUGAGGAGGCCAACGCUGUGCUUCAGGCUGAGCAGGAGGCAGCAGCGCGGCUGAAGAAGAGUCAGGCAGAGGCACAGAAACAGGCGGAGAGCCUGGAGGUCAGCCUCAGGGAGAUGCAGGAAAACUGCAGCCAGCUGGAAAACGGCAAGAUGGAGCUGGAGAAGCAGCUGAUGGGGCUGCAGGCCGAGCUGGAGGAGGAGAGAAGAAAUCGCAACCUCGGGACAGAAACUAUUACUGACCUGCAGGGGCGUAUCUCAAGUCUGGAAGAAGAGGUGAAAGAGGUGAAGUCUUCUCUCUUCAAGGUCCAGACUGAAAAGAAGCAGCUACAGGAAAAGCUCAAUGACCUCGAGAAGGAGAAGAGCAACCAAGAGAUCGACUUGACGUUCAAGCUGAAGUCGCUCCAGCAGAGUCUGGAGCAGGAAGAGGUGGAACACAAGGCCACCAAAGCAAAGCUUGCAGAUAAAAACAAGAUCUACCAGUCCAUCGAGGAGGCCAAGUCUGAGGCCUUAAAAGAGAUGGAGUGCACCCUGCAGGAGGAGCACAGCAUGAAGCUGCAGGUGGAGGGAAAGCUGCUGCAACUAGAGAAGGACCACUCCAUGCUGGACUGUGACUACAAGCAAGCACAGCACAAAUUGGACGAGCUGCAAGCACAAAAGGAGAAACUUUCUGAAGAGGUAAAGAACCUGAGCUUGCAUCUGGAGCAGGAGAUCAACAAGCGGAGUCUGAGCCAGAGUGAUCUGAAGAUGCAGAACCAGCAGGUGUCGGUGCUCCGCUCCUCAGAGAAACAGCUCAAACAGGAGCUCAACCACCUGCUGGACAUGAAGCAAGUCCUGGAGAAACAGAACCAGGAGCUACGCAGGGAGAAGCAGGAGACAGGUGGCCAGCUGAAGGAACUGAAGGACCAACUGGAGGCAGAGCAGUAUUUCACGACCCUUUACAAAACGCAGAUCCGUGAGCUGAAGGACGAGUGUGAUGAGAAGAAUAAGCUGUACAAUGACGCACAGCAGCGACUGGCAGAAUAUCAGGAGGAGAGGGAUUCCCUGACUACCCAGCUGGAAGUCAGUCUGACCAAGGCGGACUCUGAGCAGCUGGCUCGCUCCAUCGCUGAGGAGCAGUACUCUGACUUGGAGAAGGAGAAGAUCAUGAAGGAGCUGGAGAUCAAAGACAUGAUGGCGAGACAUAAACAGGAGCUCAGCGACAAGGAGGCCACCAUCAGCUCGCUGGAAGAGUCCAAUCGCACUCUGACAGUAGAUGUGGCCAAUCUGGCCAGUGAGAAAGAGGAGCUCAACAACCAGCUGAAAGACAUGCAGCAACAGUUCCAGAAAGCCAAGGAGGAGGAGAAGCACAUGAACUCGCUCAAAGUAUCCUUUGAAAGGCAGCUGCAGAAUGAAAGGACUCUAAAAAUUCAGGCUGUCAACAAGCUGGCCGAGGUGAUGAACAGGAGGGAGACGGUGCAAGGAGGCCACCGAGGCAACGGCACCGAGGUGCACAGGAAGGAGAAGGAGAACAGGAAGCUGCAGCUGGAGCUGAGAGCCGAGAAGGAGAAACUCAACAGCACCAUCAUCAAAUACCAGAGAGAAAUGACAGAGAUGCAGGCGCUGAUAGCAGAAGAGAACCAGGUGCGUCUGGAGCUUCAGAUGGCGUUGGACAGUAAAGACAGCGACAUCGAGCAGCUUCGUUGCCAGCUCACCUCCCUCAGCGUUCACUCUCUGGACUCCACCAGCAUCAGCAGUGGCAAUGACCUGGACAUGGGUGACGGAUACCCAGUGCGCAUUACUCACUCCCACACCUCAGAAUCAAUGUCCUUCACCUACCAGCGCACACACAAAUCUGUCUGCAUCGACACCCGACCCAACCUUCACUCGGCUCACACUCUCUUUGACUCUGACUCUGAGGAUGAAGAAGAAUAUGACGGGCGGGUGGAGCAGGGCCACCGUCCCCUGGCCCUCACCUACGAACAGCCCCCUGAGGCUGAACCUGCAGACUCCAGGCUGGAGGGCUGGAUUUCACUUCCUACCAAGAACACAAAGCGGUUUGGCUGGGACAAAAAAUAUAUAGUUGUGAGCAGUAAGAAGAUCCUGUUCUACAACAGUGAGCUGGACCGAGAGCAGGCCAACCCUUUCAUGACCCUGGACAUCGAUAAGCUGUUUCAUGUCCGACCUGUCACUCAAACUGAUGUGUACCGUGCAGAUGCCAAAGAAAUUCCAAGGAUUUUCCAGAUCCUGUACGCCAAUGAAGGUGAGAUUAAACGUGACCAGGAGGUUGUAGUGGAGCCCACUCCGUAUGGUGAUCGUCCCUCCUACAUCAACCACAAGGGCCACGAGUUCAUCCUCACGCUCUACCACUUCCCCUCCAGCUGUGAGGUCUGCACUCGGCCCCUGUGGCACGUUUUCAAGCCCCCGCCGGCGCUCGAGUGCCGACGCUGCCACACUAAGUGCCACAAAGACCACCUGGACAGAAAGGAGGAAGUUAUUGUGCCUUGCAGGGUGAACUAUGAUAUAUCCACUGCCAAAGAGCUGCUUCUACUGACCAGCUCUCAGGAGGAGCAGCAGCGCUGGGUCAAUCACCUCUUCAAACGCAUCCCGAGGAAACACCCGACAAUGAGUCCUCCCUCUGCAGCACAAAACAUUCCUCCUGAAGCAACGUUACGUUCCUCUCCACGAGUCUCUCCGCGACCUUCACCCAGGAGUUCGCCUCACAUGUCUGCCCAUCGCGGAGCCGUCAAGAUCCAGCCCAGCAAACAGCAGCAGCCAUCAGGGAAGCCCAGCGCUGGCCCCAUGCUCCGUAUCAUCCUCCACUGACCUUUGACCUCUUCACCUCUGACCCUACCAUUCUAAUGUCUCUCAUGCUGGGAGACUUUAACCCUGGUUGAUCAAAGGUCUAAUCCAUUGUCACUAUCAGCUGUGUGACUGUAUGUUCUGGAUAAAUUAGUAUCCCACCUGCUGUGCUGACCGCUGUGACCUCAGGUGGCUUUGCAGCCCUCACCUGCUGGUUCUCCUCCUCAUCAUGAAUCAACAUUUUAUGCUUUUAUCUCUAAUCUUUUAAUUUACAUUUUUAAAAAGGAUGACUUUCUUGCAGUGGUGGUAAGUACAUUUAAAAGAAAGUACUGUACUUAAGUACACAUUUUGAGGUACUUGUUCUUUACUAGAGUAUUUCAUGCUACUUUAUACUUGUACUCCACUACAAUUCAAAGGGGAAAUAUUGUUCUUUUUACUCCACUAUAUUUGUUUUAGAGCUUUACUUACUAGUUACUAAACAGAUUAAGAGUUUAUAUACAAAACAUAUGGUGAGUUUAUAAAAUAUGAUACAUUGUUAGAUUAAACUACCCAUCAGUAUAACAGUAAAAUGCUACAUACACAUUAAUGCAUUAAUGUAGUAAUAAUAAUCUAAUAAUGUAAUACAUUAUAGUAUAACACUCACAAGGGCCAUUUUCUGCAUUAUCAGUGCUUUUACUUUUGACACUUGAUACAGUUUGCUAAUAAUACUUACUUUUACUUAAGUAACAUAUUCAAUGCAGGACUUUUACUUGUAAUGGUGUGUUUUUAUAUUGCAGUAUAGCUGCUUUUACUGAAGUAAAUGAACUAAAUACUUCCUCCAACAUUGCUUUCUUGUCAUGUUACCUCAAGGUGAUAUGGGCAAAAAUUGAAACACAUGUAUGUGUAGCCUCAUAUAUUGUAGCACACUUGAUGUGCUAAUAGAUGUUUUAUCAAGAACAAGGUGCACUCAUGACUGUUAUGUUGUUUAACCUUUCCUCUGUUUUCACUGUUAUUUCACUAUCUGCUCCUCUGUAUGUC